UUAUUAUCAUUUUUGACCCUGUACUCGACAACAAGUCGCCGUCGUCGAUCGACCGCUACUGUGUCGUGAUAUUUUCAGGAGUUCGCGACUCUUGAUAUAUCUCCCCCUUAAUCCAAACAUAAUUACUAAAGGGGUCAAUUAAUACGUUCCAUAACAAAAUGGGUGCUGUUAAGGAAGUUCUCUACUAUAUGUUCCACCCGAACCAGCUUCGGUCGAUAAUACAAUGGAAACUAUGGCACGACCCAAUCCAUAGGCGAGACCCUUCCAAGGAGCCUCCUACCUUACAAUCAUGCUUUAAACUCCUAGACCUCACGAGCCGCAGUUUCUCUGCUGUUAUUCAAGAGCUACAACCCGAAAUGCUCGUCCCUAUCGCCCUGUUCUACCUAGUAUUGCGAGGGCUAGACACGAUCGAGGAUGACAUGACACUCUCUAACAAAACGAAGGAGCCUAUGCUACGAGAAUUUUCGAAGUAUCUGAAGAUCGACGGUUGGACCUUCACUGAGAGCGGACCUAACGAGAAGGACCGUGACCUCCUCAUCCACUUUGACGAUGUGAUCGCAGAAUUGAAGAAGAUCGAUAAAAAGUACUACGAUGUUAUUGAGGACAUCACCAUCAAGAUGGGCAAUGGCAUGGCCGACUAUGCUCUCAAUGCCGAAUUCCAAGAAGGCGUCAAGACAGUCGCCGAGUACGAGGAAUACUGCCACUACGUUGCUGGCUUAGUCGGUGAGGGUUUGACCCGCAUCUUCGUCCAAGGUAACACAGCCAACCCCGCCCUGAUGGACCGUAUGGAGCUAUCCGAAAGCAUGGGACAAUUCUUACAGAAGGUCAACAUUAUCCGUGAUGUACACGAGGACUUUGAAGACAAGCGAAGAUUCUGGCCCAAGUCCAUCUGGAGCAAGUACGUCGAGCAGUGGGAUGACAUGUUCGACCCUAAGUACCGUACGAAAGCUCUCCAAUGCAGCUCCGAGAUGAUCCUCAACGCUUUGAAGCACGCCGACGAGUGUCUGUUUUACAUGGCCGGUAUCAAGGAACAGAGCGUGUUCAACUUCGUUGCUAUACCUCAGACUAUGGCCAUUGCCACACUUGAGCUUGUCUUCCAGAACCCCAAGAUUUUCCACAGCCACAUUAAGAUCACCAAGGGCGAUGCUUGCAAUCUAAUGACGCAGUCAACACAAAACUUACGGACGGUAUGCGACGUCUUCAAGGGCUACACCAGAAGAAUAGCGAAGAAGAACGACCCGAGGGAUCCUCACUACCUCGAUAUAAGUGUAGCCUGUGGCAAGAUCGAGCAAUUCAUAGAGACUCUCUUCCCAACACAAGACGCCAAGAGGCUACAAGCCAUACAAGAAAACGAGGGUCAACAAGGUGCCCAGACCGAUCUCUGGGAAGCUUUGUCGUUGGUCGGGGCUGUAGUAAUAGUGCUGCUGAUUGUGUCAGCUCUUAUGCUGGGUUUGGCAUGGUAUUUUGGUGCGAGAUUCGACGUGAUGUUCGACAAAGAGGCAGCAUCUAGCCUCAAAAGCAUCAAGAGUGUCGCCCAGGCAACAGUGACACAAAUUGGUCAUGAGGAAUUAUAAUGGCAUGUACUUGAUUGGUUUUACUUGCAUGGCGUCGUCGAGAGUGUACAUAUAACGCAGGUCGCGCUGACGUCAGGGCCGUCGUCGGAGAGUUGCUGACAACGCUGUCGCACUCAAGGGGG